UUUCAUGCGGCAAUCCUUCCUACUACGCGUCAGUCUUAUUCUAUCUCCCGCUCUAAAUUCCGAAGUUAUAAAUCCUUCAGAAUUGAGAAUUAACCCAAUAUAGAAACAAGCAUUAGCUUAAGUGAUCGGAGAUCUUCGAGUUGUUUACUGGGCACAUGACGUAAACUUGGACACUUCCUCCAACAAUCCAGGUUCCUCGCCCAACCUCCUCUAUUACAGCCUGUCCGGGAGUUCCCUUUUCCUCAGGCUCAGCGGCGCUCCUCCCGGUCGUUCCAGCUCCUCCCGGUCCGCGCUCUGGUACCCCGGCUCCACUCCCUCUCUCACCCAGGUUGCCGCUCCAGCCCCGGAAGACAGAGCACCUCGGGUCCCGCACCCUAGCCCCCUCCUCUCGGGUCUCUCCUGCCCCUCCUCCCGGCCCGCGGCCGGCUAGCGCGGCGCAGGCGCAGCAACACGGCCGGCAGGCCCAGGGCGACCAAAGCAACCUCGGCCUCGGCUUAGCCCGGCAGUAUCCGCGCGGGGCUGGUCGGCGGCAACCCGGACCGUGCGGGGCGGUGGCCCCGCGGGCCGCGCGUCGAGAUGGGCUCGGGCUGGAGCAGCGAGGAGGAACGGCAGCCGCUGCUAGGGCCGGGGCUCGGGCCUGCGCCGGGGGCUGCUUGGAGAAGCCGGGAGGCGGCGGCGGCACUGCCAGCGGCAGCCCCAAGUCCCGGGCGCGUGUACGGGCGCCGCUGGUUGGUGCUCCUGCUCUUUUCGCUGCUGGGGUUCGCGCAGGGCCUGGUCUGGAACACAUGGGGCCCCAUCCAGAACUCGGCGCGCCAGGCCUACGGCUUCUCCAGCUGGGACAUCGCGCUCCUCGUGCUGUGGGGGCCCAUAGGCUUCCUGCCCUGCUUCGCGUUCAUGUGGCUUCUGGACAAGAGAGGUCUUCGGAUAACUGUGCUUCUGACAUCCUUCCUUAUGGUUUUGGGAACUGGUCUAAGGUGCAUACCUGUAUCAGACUUAAUGCUUAAAAGAAGACUAAUCCAUGGAGGACAGCUGUUAAAUGGAUUGGCAGGUCCAACUGUAAUGAACGCAGCUCCAUUCCUGUCCACAACGUGGUUCUCUGCAGACGAGCGGGCCACUGCCACAGCUAUCGCGUCGAUGCUCAGCUACCUCGGGGGAGCUUGUGCAUUUUUAGUUGGACCGCUUGUCGUUCCAGCUCCCAAUGGGACAGCACCUCUUCUUGCUUCUGAGAAUAGCAGGGCCCACAUUAAAGAUCUCAUAGAGACUGUAUUAUAUGCAGAAUUUGGAGGUGUCUGCUUACUAUUUUCUGCAACUCUAGCUUACUUCCCACCUCGGCCACCUCUUCCUCCCAGUGUUGCUGCAGCUAGCCAGAGGCUGAGUUAUCGACGGAGCUUUUGUAGGUUAUUAAGCAAUUUGAGAUUUUUGAUGAUUGCUUUAGCAUAUGCCAUACCACUUGGUGUAUUUGCUGGCUGGUCUGGAGUUCUGGACUUAAUUUUAACACCAGUGCAUGUCAGCCAAGUAGAUGCUGGCUGGAUUGGAUUUUGGUCUAUAGUUGGAGGCUGUGUUGUUGGAAUAGCUAUGGCAAGGUUUGCAGAUUUUAUCAGGGGCAUGCUGAAACUAAUUCUGCUCCUCCUGUUUUCUGGGGCUACACUCUCAUCCACGUGGUUUACCCUGACCUGUUUGAACAGCAUCACACACCUGCCUUUAACCACAGUGACAUUGUACGCCUCCUGUAUUCUCCUGGGAGUGUUCCUGAAUAGCAGUAUACCUAUAUUUUUUGAGCUUUUUGUGGAAACUGUCUACCCAGUUCCAGAAGGAAUUACUUGUGGAGUUGUCACUUUUUUAAGUAAUAUGUUCAUGGGAGUACUUUUGUUUUUUCUCACAUUUUAUCACACAGAGCUGUCUUGGUUCAACUGGUGCCUUCCCGGGUCGUGCUUGCUCAGUCUCCUUCUCAUUCUGUGCUUCAGGGAAUCCUAUGACAGACUGUAUCUUGAUGUGGUUGUCUCAGUUUAAUAGCACAGACUCAAAGGAGUUUAGAAGGAGACUGGAAAUCAACACUGCCUACUGCACAUUUGCUUGGAAUUGCACAGAAAAAAACAAAAGGAGAAGAGAGAAACUUCAUUCAGAGGUUUUGUUAGGUUACAGGCGAUCACAUUAAUUUAAUUACUACUAGGUCAUAAUAAUGUGGAACUUGAGUGAUAAUAGUGGAUUUAAAACUGUAUCAGUGACAUAACCUGUGCCAGAGUCAGGUUAGAAGUGUGGUCUUACCCAGAAAGCACUACCUAAGUAAUUCCCUCUAUGUUUUGUGCCAGUGCUAAGCUACUGAUUGGUUCAUUGUAAUUAUGAGAAGGAAUAAAGGGUGCCUAUCACAUGAAGAUAGCUCCUUCCCUAAGCCACAUAUCAGAAGAGGAAGAAAUGCCACUAACCUCUAAAGAAGUUUAAAUCCUAUAUCAGACUUUAAUUGUAAAAUAGCCAACAGGUGUAUCAAUGGUAGAAACUAGCCACAUGUACACUACAUUUUUUUUCUAAUAAAGCAAUUUCUUAUAUGACUCCUGAUUUGUAAUUAGAUUGGAAAGCUUCGGCCACCUUAAUUAUGGUGGCCAACUGCUUUCUAGUGACUUCAGAGCGCAUACUUUGUGUCUCGAUCUUAACUUAUCCUUGUUUCUGUGAAAUACAGUUUGAUCUACUAGGCUCUUAAAUGUUUAUAUUGAAGGUGACUAAAUGUUUAAUAUAGUUGCAUUAAAUGCUGUAUGAAAAAAUGUAAUUCCGUUCUGAUUUAGCACUUUGUGAAAAAUGAAAUGACAAAUCCCACAUUACAUCCUGUGUCUUUGGACAGAUAUGUGUGUGGUGGCAUGGGAUGGGAAAUCCAGCACCAGCUGUUAUUUACCAGGGUUGCAUUUUAUUAAAUAACCCUUAUUUGAAAAUAACAAUUUAUAGCCUUGAAACUUUCAAAUCUGUGGAGUGAUUUCUGAAUUCCUUCCUUGUAUCUCCAUUCAGGGUAUAAAAUAUUCAGUUCUAUAUGGAGUCAGUAUAUUGGAGGGGGCAGUAUUUUGCCAUUUCCUGCCUUCUUUCUGUAAAUGACAGCUUUUUCAAAAAUAACACCCAUUGGACAGCUCUUAGACAUGUAUUUCACUAUGACAUAAAGUAAUAUGCUCUGGUGGGGUUAUGGUAUUACCACUCUCCAGAUUUACAUAAUUCUCCUCAUGCAAGAAAAUCAAAUACUCUCUCAAAAAGUCCAAAAUAAUAUUUUACCUUCAUUGUUUUCAGCUUCCUCCAAUUCCUUCUUUUUAGUCACUUAAAAUCGUAUCUUCAUUGUCAGCUAUAUAUGUAUAUAUAUUUAUUAUUUUUUGAGGAUGUGAGUACAGUUUUUGUCAGCUAAGUAUCUAUUUUAUUUGUCUUUUCCUGGACAGGCAGAGUGUAAGCCAGCUCCUUCCAUUAGCCAGGGUGCUGAAGUUAGGUUAAGGGGACCUGGUCAGCAUUUGAUCGACUCACCUGCACACGUGCACACACACCGUCACACAUAGUCCCAUAUACUCCCUCCAUUCCCCCUUGGUAAGUUGAAGCCUAUGCAUUAACUCACCUCCGUCCUAGAGGAAGAGACUGUUACCGCCAGCCUUCUAAGAGCCUAAAUUGUGCAACCUGGAAAGUAAGGAAAUCCUCAAAUUUAAUAUCUGUCUUCAGUCAGCUUUAGACCAUCCCCCUUUAUAACCUCCCUGCUAAUAAGUCAGCAGCCAGAACUAAAGGAACUUGCUAAA